CUUGUCUGUGCACAUGGACAGGAUUGCCAAAGGAAACCUCCAAGACCUGUGAGAGGAGAAUGAGGCAUUACUUAGCACUACUCAAUCCAGCUUAAAGCCUGAAACUGCAAUAUCUCCAGAGGAAUACAGUGGUGCUGAGUAGAAAGGGAUAAAAUAUAACAUGGGAUUCCAGCAACCAAGACAAGACUGCAUUCCCAGCAAGAACCAGGAUGGCAGACUAAGAAGGAGCACUGAAGAGGCAGCAGCAACAACAGAGCAGAGCAACUCACUACACCCGCCUGAAGAUGUGCCCACUGAGCUUCACAGAACGGACACAAGGCAAAGCAGCACGCUGGGGGUGGUGAAAGAUCAACAGAAGGGGGAAGAAACCAGUUCCAUCAGGCUGCAUAAACGGAGAAGGAGGUUUAUAAUCAAAAAGAGCCCAAUCUUGAUUUCCAUGAACGGCUCCAUUCUCAACCUGCCCACGCUGAAAUCUGAGGACAGAGACAACAGCAAGUGGAAAAGCCUCUACGAGACCCAAAGGGAAAGAAAGCGGAUUAUGAGGGAAACCUGCUCCAAAUACAAGAGCAACAGCAGAAGGACCAUCACUCCUUACCACGUCUCCAGGAUAUUCGUAGAAGACAGGUACAGAGUCCUGUACUGCGAGGUGCCAAAGGCUGGCUGCUCCAACUGGAAGCGUGUGCUGAUGGUUCUGAACGGGCUGGCGUCCUCCACCAAAGACAUCCAGCACAACACCGUGCACUACGGCAACUACUUGAAGAGGCUGGACGGGUUUGACCACCAAGGCAUCUACCACAGGCUCAAUACCUACACAAAGAUGCUCUUCAUCCGAGAGCCUUUUGAAAAGCUGGUGUCUGCCUUUCGGGACAAGUUUGAGCACCCCAACACCUACUACCACCCAGUUUUUGGCAAGGCUAUCAUCUCCAGGUACCGUGUCAAUGCCACCAAAGAAGCGCUAAGGACAGGCUCUGGAGUCACCUUUAGAGAGUUCAUCCAGUACCUCCUGGACGUGCACAGGCCAGUGGGCAUGGACAUCCACUGGGAUCACGUCAACAGGCUCUGCAGCCCCUGUCUGAUAGACUAUGACUUUGUUGGGAAAUUUGAAAGCAUGGAAGAAGAUGCAAACUUUUUCUUGCACUUAAUCGGCGCUCCCCAGAACUUAACUUUCCCCAAGUUCAAGGACAGGCACUCCACUGAAGAACGAACGACCACGAAAAUCACGCAGCAGUACUUUGCGCAGCUCUCUCCCUCCCAGCGCCAGCGAAGCUAUGACUUCUACUACAUGGAUUACUUGAUGUUUAACUACUCAAAACCCUUCGAGGACUUGUAUUGAUUUGAGAGCUGGGAUAUUUCCAGCCACUUCAGCCGAACUGCAGAACAAAGCCAGGUGGCUUCUGUUUAUAUGUACUUGUCUGGUAGGAAACAAUUGGUUGAAGAGCAGGAAAGAAAGGGAGACAGAAGAUAAAUGGCCAGUGAUGUUUACACCUUCACCUUAAUUGCCUCCUUUUUCAGAUCAUAUUUUUUCUAUAAUUUCUCCAUAUUAAUAUAUGUACCUAGAUGUAGGACAUGGCAGGGCUCCCAAAUAAAGCACAUAAUUUUC